AACAGCAAUCACUAUUAUCGCUACGCAUUCGCUGUGGUUGUUGCAAUGGAGAUUGCGAAGGUUUUACUAGCAUUAUGGGUGUUAGGGAGGUUCGUUUUUGCACCAAUUUCGCUUCUCAUUUUACUGGCUUAUAAGUUAUGGAUCAGUCAUGUGUCUAUUGACAUUGUAGAAAAGUUUCUCCGAGAACAGCAAAUGCUCUCAACUACGAGAUAUUCCUAUACUGAUAUCAUUGCAAUCACGGGCCACUUUCGAGAGAAGCUAGGACAAGGAGGAUUUGGGUCGGUCUUUAGAGGUACACUCUUAAAUGGCCAACAUGUUGCCAUCAAGAUGCUCGGAAAUUAUCAAUUCAACGGAGAAGACUUCAUCAAUGAGGUCUCAACAAUUGGCAGGAUUCACCAUGUAAAUAUAGUGCGGCUUAUUGGUUUUUGCUCAGAAGGAUCAAAGAGGGCUCUUGUUUACGAGUACAUGCCUAAGGGAUCAUUGGACAAGUAUAUCUUCUCGGCAAGAGGAACUAGUAAUAGGCCCUUUUCCUGGGAUAAGCUCAAUGAAAUAGCACUUGGGGUGGCUCGGGGUAUCGAUUACUUGCAUCGAGGAUGCGACAUGCAGAUUUUACAUUUCGACAUCAAAUCACAUAAUAUUCUCCUAGACUGCCAUUUCAACCCAAAAGUUUCAGAUUUUGGACUUGCAAAGUUAUACCCAAAGAAUUAUAGUCUUGUUUCUCUUAGUGCAGCAAGAGGAACCAUUGGAUAUAUUGCUCCGGAAUUAGUAUCAAGGAAUUUUGGUGUUGUAUCUGACAAAUCUGAUGUCUAUAGCUUUGGAAUGCUAUUAUUGGAGAUGGCAGGAGGCAGAAGGAAUGUGGACAACAUAAUGGCAAAUACAAGCCAAGUUUACUAUCCUUCUUGGAUCUAUGAUCAACUUACACAGAAUAAUGGGAUCAUUGAAAUAAAUAACAAUAUUGAGAUUUAUGAAGUAGAAAGAAAGCUAUGUAAAGUGGGGUUGUGGUGCAUUCAAAUGAAAUCGUCAAAUCGCCCGUCUAUGGACCAAGUUGUGGAGAUGUUGGAAGGGGAUACGGAUAACUUGCAAAUGCCACCAAGGCCCUUCUUUGCAUCCUCACAGCUAAUCUCCGCAAGUCAGUCUUCCAUGCAAUCCAUCUCAAUAGAAUUAUCGAUCAUUUUGGAGCAAGAAGACUGUUCAAAUUCAGACAAUAAUAUAAAGGAUGUAAAAUUUGUUAGUUCAAUUACUCAAAGCUAAGUUUGCUGUUGCGUGGAGCAACUCAGUUAUAUGCCAAUGAUUUUCAAAGCAUUUCAUGGCUAGUAACUUGAGGAUUAUCUAUAU